AUGACCACAAACGCACGGCUCUUCACCUUAACUCCGCCGCACAAUCACUCUCUGUCCACACUCUAAUUAUACGGCGGCCGGUACGCCAACUACUUUUCUGACGACGGCGUUUCUGUGCUACCGCUAGAUCCCUCCUCGCCUUCACUCUUCAGUGCAGUGAUUGACAUUUUACGACUUCGAAUUUCACUUAGACUACUGAAGUUUAGCUACAUGGAGCUGAGAAGGUUCGGAUUCAAGCAAUGCGGUUCGUUAGUUCUACUUCAGAUUUCAGGUUUGUUGUUGCUGCUGCCUGUUAUGGUGAGUUCAGUUGGAGUGAACUACGGUCAGAUAGCGAACAAUCUUCCUGCUCCGGAGAAUGUGAUCCCGUUGGUGAAAUCAAUUGGAGCUACAAAGGUGAAGCUGUACGAUGCGAGUCCGAAGGUUCUUCGGGCAUUUGCUAAUACGAGUGUGGAGUUUAUAGUCGGACUUGGAAACGAGUACUUGUCUAAAAUGAAGAAUCCGGCCUGUGCGGAAGAGUGGGUGAAGAAUAAUGUUCAAGCGUACUUCCCUGGUACUAAGAUCACUUCAAUCUUCGUCGGCAAUGAGGUAUUAACCUUCAAUGACACUUCUCUAACUGCUAAUUUACUACCGGCGAUGCAAAGCGUGCACACGGCGCUCGUAAAUCUAGGGCUAGAUAAGCAGGUGGCGGUGACGACGGCACAUUCUUUGGCAAUACUUGAAACUUCCUAUCCGCCUUCCGCCGGAGUUUUCCGUAGGGACUUAGUUGAUUGUUUGGUUCCAAUCUUGGAUUUCCAUGUCAAGAUCGGCUCCCCGUUCUUGAUCAAUGCGUACCCUUACUUUGCGUACAAGGCGAAUCCGAAGCAGGUUUCACUGGAUUUCGUCCUCUUCCAACCGAACCAAGGGGUUUUAGAUCCCGGCUCAAAUCUUCGCUACGACAACAUGUUAUUCGCACAGAUCGACGCUGUUUACUACGCACUCGCUGCUGUUGGUUACAAGAAGCUUCCCGUUCAUAUCUCGGAGACCGGAUGGCCGUCGAAGGGGGAUGACGACGAGGCCGGUGCGACCCCGGAGAAUGCAAAGAAGUACAACGGGAACCUACUCAAGUUCAUCUGCCAGAAGAAGGGGACGCCAUUGAGGCCGAACUCGGACCUCAACAUUUAUGUAUUUGCUCUUUUUAACGAGAAUAUGAAGCCUGGACCAACUUCGGAGAGGAAUUAUGGUCUCUUUAAGCCUGACGGUACGCCGGUGUAUCAGCUCGGAUUUACCAUUAACGAUGGCGUUGGAAACGGAACUCAUGGCACUUCCAGCGCGCAACCUUCGCCGCCGGGAACUCCCACUACCUCCACCGGUUAUUUGGCCAUUUCCUCCGCCACGGAGAGAAGCCAUUGGGUUGGAUUCUUCUCAAUGUCCCUGUUUCUGAUGGUGUUCAAGUUGCUACUUUGAAUUUAGGAGAUUAUUUAUUUUUCAGUGUAUGUGUUCCGAAAGAUGCUUUGGAUUUAUUUCAUUUAUCAGAAUCAGCCGUUAAAAGCAAAAUUGGAAGAUGUUAAAGAGAAUAAGAGGCAGCGUCGGAUUUGGGAAAAGGUAAAAAAUUCUGUUCCUUUCCUUGUACGCGACUACCUUCUCUUUUCUUUUCUCUGCCUUCCUUUUUGUCAUUCUUUUGUGUGUGACCUUAACAAAAGUUAUUCGGCUUCUCCUUUACUGCUACUAGCAAAAGGUAGAAAUUAUGAAUUGAAACCAUUCUUUUGUAGUAUCUAAAACAGUUAAUUGAGAUACCUUUUGUUAACUAUUUCAUUCUUUAAAUUUAUGAUUGUUCCCUAGUUUUUACCUUUCUAAACUCGUACUCUUAUUGAUUUCGAAGUUUUUUGAAAUCACCUUUUUAGUUUUCAGAACUUAACUUGAUUUUGAGACUAGAGAUAGAAAGUAGAUAGAAAUCGUUGGAUGAAAAUAGUAAUUAUAAGCUUAAUUCUCAAACAACAAAAACCAAAUGUUAAAUAGUUACCAUGUUGGACCUAUACGAGGCUGUUAAUAAUAUUCUCUUUGGCAAUAAUCAUGAAAAAUCUGUGAGAAGAUAGAAAAAGAACCCUAUUCGCUAUACUUUUUUUCUUUAAGUUGAAGAGUGCUGUUAUAUUUUGGACAUUUUCUACACUUUAUAUCUUUGCUUUUCUACCCCUUAUAUUUUAUGGGUUUUAUGUAUAUUCUUUUAUUGGCUUCCAUGUUUUAAAAACAAAUGAAGAUUUGAUGAUGAUGCAAAACUUUUAGUAGGGAGGAUUAAGUGGGGAAUAGUUAAAUAUUUGUAUGUUGCAAUAUAAAAAGACAACAAUAUCAUUUGAGAGUUUCUUGAAUUUACCAUUAGUCAGUGGGGGCAAACCAAACUGACAGAGCCAUGUGACAAAAGAGAAAGUUCAAUUUGGAAUUUUUAUCAUUUCCUUUUUUGUAUGCAUUCUAUUUGGUAUUCUGAGCUGGAUCUGAUCUGUUAAUAUCUUCUUCUUUUUUCUUUCUUUCUUUCUUUUCUUUUUCUCCUAUCCUGCUUUUUACAGGGAGAUAUCAGUUUUUAGUAAUUAAUAAUUUUGAUGUGAAUUUGGGUUUGUGGAUGGACAUAAAAUCUGGUAGAUGGAUGAUCCGAAACUUGUUCUUUGAAAUGCCAUCUGGUAAUCAAAUUUUAUUAAUUUGCUUA